AGCUUCGAAGUCCGUUGAGCAUCAAUUUUUCUAUUGUUGCCAUCUGAAAAUUAAUACAACGUUAACUACCCGGUUGCUUGGCAACGAAGAUCACAACAAACAAAAAGCAGCUGUUUUUGCAUUAGUCUUGUUAAUCAAUAAAUCAUGUCUUCGACUGAAGAAAAUAUCGAGUUAAUCGAAAUUGACUCGUCUACGGCCCACAAACCGAGCUUAAAGUCAAAAUUAAAGCUGAGUGAUAAUAAGGUAGGACUGUCACCGAUUUCCUCACCAACCUGCAGUUCGGUAGAGGAAAGGUUGCCCCCAGCAAAACCGCCGCGUAGGCAAAUGCGAAAGUUGUCAACGGGAACGUCGGAAAGCCAAGAGUCUAACGACAUCAAGAAUUACACCGAAAGCACUUCGAGUAAACUGGAAAGUGGAUCGUACAGGGAGCGUUUUAAGGAAAGGUUCGAAUACGUCAAAAAAAGGGCGGGACAAUCCGUGUCAAAAGCGAGCAGCACGAAAACAAAAUCAGAAAAAAUCAAAAACUUGAAACGAAGUUUAAAUUUGCUAAAGAAAGAGAAUGAGCAAGUCAACGCCGACUUGCAUAGUUACGAAAAUGGCAAGCUUGCUCACGCCAACGCCAUAUCUCCAUCCGAAUCAUUUGGUUUCUUUUGCGGAGAGAAUUCUGGCGAAAAUGAGACGCAUCCUGUUGAUGGUGCCAAUUUUGAAAAAUCGACCGAAGUAUUGAUUGCCAUUUCGGAUGAAGUUGAAGAACUUCAAUUUGUGGCACCCGAAAAUGUCAGUUUCAAUUGUAAAUUAUCUGAAAACGAAUGCUUUUGGUAUCCAUCCAGCAAAACCUUACAGCUUCAUGAAAAAAUUGAAACAGAAGAGCCCCGUUUCUUAGCCGAGGAGGGAUUCUACAUGGCGAACAAACCCAAAAUACCAUUGUCCCAUUUGAACCUGUUAGAACGCCGAUUGCUGGGUGCUGGUGACAGAAAAUGGUUUAAUUGUGAAGGCGACUUAGACCUCGUCGAAUGCCCAAAGUUGGAGCGUAUUUACAAACCACCCUCCUUCAGAACCGCCCCUGGGAUCAAGACGGAAUUUGUAAAAGCAUCGCUGGAACCUUUCGAUUCCGAAGUAACACAUGACAAUAUCAUUGACGUGUCGAUAGACUCAGUUACAUUCCGGCACCAUCCCCUUUUCAGCGCAGAACAUGUCUACGAGCAAAAAUUGAACACCCUUUUCGAAUUGUACCAAAAGAUGCUAAGUGAAAAUAAGCUCGAGCGCUUAGCAAAACGUCUCCAAGCACUUCGUACUCGAAAAACUAACGCCGAAGCUAUGGGAAAUACGAAAAGCUUCGCCCUCGAAAUCAAACAAUUGCGAGAUCUUCACUUUGAAGAAGGCAAAAAUGCGAGACAGCUACUAAUUUCGACGCUUCAAACGUGGAAGGCGAUUAAAAAAAUACGCCAAACUAACGAGUACAGCACCACAGCAUCGCGCUUACUCAUAUCGAAAACCAAAACCAACUACACAAGUGAAAUGGAAACGUGGAUGGCGAAAGUUGACGAGGUCUCUUCGGAAAUUUUGGAUCAACUAGAGAGCGAAUACCAAGCCCAAAUCGAUCGGUACUUGCAAGAUCUAGAAAGGUGGAAGUUGCAGGACGUUGACGAGUUGGUUGACAAAAAGCCGAAGAAACCGAUGAAGAAUUAUGAUUUUGAGUCGAUCAAGGAGGAGGUCAGUGCGGAUUUCUUGCAAAGCUUCAAGCCACCUGGUGAACCCGAGGUGCACUUGGAUCUACUGGACGAUCACGAAGUUACGGCGGACAACGCCAAGGACAAGUUGCGCAAAACCGCGGUGGGCGCUACCAAGAUCUUUUUAAGGGUCACUUGCGGCAAAGUAGAGGUGUGCAAAUCAGGGGCGGUAACACUCACCGAUCGAUUUACGUGUCACAUCGACGAGGCGUUCUCGAUGCAGCUAGUUUCGGUACCCGAAAGUAUAGUCGUUGAGAUUUACGAGCAGCCGAGUACGUUACCGAAGCGGAAAUUAGGGGAAGUCAGCGUUCGGAUACCGAAGAAAGGCACGCCCGGCCAAGAUCUUCACUUAGCAUUUGAGAAGGAAGAAAUUGUACACUACAAGCAUACAGGCGUUGGCAGCGGAAUUGAACUGAGCGAGGUUUUCGGAGAGGGUAACGAAAUGUUGUACACUUCCGGCGCGGUCACAGGCAAAAUCGCGUGGGAUCUUCACGGCGAAUUGCCCGAAUCCAAUCUUACGAGAGACGUACUGGGAGACAACGAUACAAUCGACAUGGAAAAACUCGUGAAAUGGGCGCGAGAUACCAAAGCGGAUCCGGAAGAUCCGAAAUACUCGACCUUGUUUGAGUAUAUUAAAAAUUACGCCGAGGAUUUUGGGCAGAUGGCGGCGUCGCAGAAAACCUACUUUCGGAGGAAUCCCGAAAUGGCACCCUUCGAGUUUUGCGAAAUGAAAGACAUAGACGGCGAUCUGCGUUUACAAAUGCUACAGUUGAGAAAUCGAAACGAGCCGGAAUUCGUCGGCAUGGUAAUUCCGAAUCGGCCCAAGGAAAUUCCUUCGUGCGCGCUCGACGAUUAUAAACGUCGCGUCGAAGAAGAAGACCAAGGUUUAAUGCUUCAAACUGUAGACUACGACAAUGAGAUCGAUGGGAAAAGGUUUAACGGGGCUAAAUGUUUGAAGCAGGUCUAUACCAAGGUUUUUCAGCAGUGUAGGAAUGCCCAGAACAAUCUUACAUAUGAAGAUAUUAUGAACGAAAAGGCAAUUCCAUUUAUUGAAUCCUUCACUAGGAAUUUAAUAUCCAACAUUAUCAAUUGGGUACAACUUCGUCCAACAAAACACUUUCUCUCACCGCUGAUAUCAAGAAAAGAAUCGACUAAGAUAGGAGAUUUGAACGCCCCUGUUAAAAUUACCGUAAACGUUAAAAGUGCCUUAAACAUACCCCCAAAGGAAAUUAGUUCGAACGGUAGACUGUCAAGAUCGUCAGUUACUAACGAAGGUCUCACCAACUCGUUUGUUGUGGCAAGUUAUCAAGGAGUAUGCUUCCAAACCUCCACUAAAGAAGGGGAGAAUCCCGAGUGGAACGAAGAGCUUCUGAUACCAUUAGACCCGAUAAAUACAGACUACCUCAGUCCAAACUCUCUGAGCGGACACGUUCAACUCAUGUUGUUUGACGAGGUAAUGGUCAAAGUGAGGCAGCAGAACACCAAAAUGAAGAAUUGGCUGGGUUCUGUUGACAUACCAAUAUCGGCGGUAGCAAACGCACCCAAGAUGGAGGGGUUCUUCAAAGUACGCAAACCGACUCAUCUAUUGGGCUACGAAGAAAACCGGAGCGUGAGAGGAGCCCAAACCUACUUGUCAUUAAGGAUACAUUUGGAACCGAACGUGCCUAAAUUAACUCAAAGCAUGGACGAGUUGGAAAGUACAGAGUUGCCAUAUUUAAAUCAGUAUAUAUGGGAGUGGAACGAAAAAUUCAACCUUGACUAUCCCCACAGGAAGUUUUCCGCCCUUGCGAUAGAUGUUAACGGAAAGACCAGCUGCGUGACAAGGUACAUCAGGGCGUUAGAGCCACCGCAGUUGAAUACUAAUAGAUUCAAUGUAACCGCUGAACAGUGCGCCCAAUACGUUGCACUGAUCCCUUUUACCGAUAGCAACAAAUUCUAUCAAAAUGUUUGGUUGACAACUGAACAACUGCUCAAGUUUAUGAUCGGCUCGGUUACCGAUCACGCAAUUGCCUUGGCGUGUUACCUGUCAUCUCUCGAGCUGGAGUGUUGGUUGCUGAUGGGUUACGGUAUGGAUCAAGGCUCGACCACUUACGUACUCGUCCGCGAGCACGUAUCGGAAUCAGAAUUACCACUGUACUUCCUGUACGAUGUUACAACCGCUACCAAAUACAAUGUUUUAGAUACCAAUUGUCCGUUACAAAAAAUUUUCUGCGUCAUUAACGCUCAAAAUGUAUGGGCCAACGUACAACGUACCGAUCAAGUCGAGGCCACGCGUUUCGAAUUUAACAGAGGCCUGGACUGGCUGCCGCUCUUCAGUAACCAAGUAACGGCGCCGACUCACUCCGUCCAACAAAAAUUGAGUUACGCGCCGACGCCUAACGUGUCUUUGCUGGAAAUGAAGAUCGACAAAAAGAUUCGGAAAAGAAUUUCAAAAAUGCGAACGCACGAAAGAACUGUAUGGAAUUAUAAUGUUACCAAGGUUUUUAAAAGCGAAAUUCAAAACCUGGAAGAUGAGUACAUGUCGUUGAAACGAAGUUCGAAGGUUCGUUUGGAGAGUGAAGAUUUGACAACUCGUUCGGUAUGAUUUGUUUCUUCUUCUUACCCCCACAAUUAGCGCAUUUUCCAACUCGUGUUGGAAAACACUAUUUAAGUCCACUUUCUCCGUUCGCCCGUCCAAAGACAGUUUUCAAGAUAUUUAGUGCGUUCUUUUUGGCACCACAACCCAGAAGAAUCUUUUGAAACUUUAACCACUGAUGCUUCUAGUCAAAAGCACAUCGCAUAUUGUAAAAAUCAGAUGUUCGCAUGCGCAAACUGAGCAAUGUCAACAUUUUUAUUUGUGGAGAUAUUUUUUGAAAGUUUAUCCAAAGAUUGUUCUAGUAAAGACAAGCACAUCGCAUAUUGUAAAAAUCAGUAAUAUACGCAUUUGCAA